GCUUCCUGAAAUGAGGAGAGCUAACGAUUGUUUAUCCUGGGGAAAACGGAAAAGACAGGAGGCUGAGAACAUAAAGCUAAUCCAGAAUAAACAAUAUGGUCGGGCAGAUGAUGAAUAUGAUUUUGAAGAUGGGCCAUGCCGAAAGUCUAGGAAGAAGGUUGCAACUCAGCAAGAGCGUUGCCUUUUUUGCUUUGAGAAUCCUAAUCAGCCAAAACACCUUGUUGUGUCAAUUGCAAACUUCACGUAUUUGAUGUUGCCACAGUGGCAGCCUGUUGUUCCAGGCCAUUGUUUUAUCUUACCGAUGCAGCAUGAAUCAGCCACAAGGAGUGUUGACAAUUAUGUAUGGGAAGAAAUUCGCAAUUUCAAGAAAUGCCUUAUAAUGAUGUUUGCGAAACAAGGGAAGGAUUUAGUGUUCCUUGAAACAGUAAUGGGGUUGGCACAACAACGUCGUCACUGUUUAAUUGAGUGCAUUCCCCUGCCACAAAAAAUUGCUAAACAGGGCCCUCUCUACUUUAAAAAGGUCAGUGUCUUUAAUUAUUUUGUUUUGGCCUAAUGACAAAUUCUUGAACAUCUAAUAUUUACUUUCUUCCUUUCUUUAAUUCUAUUAACAACUUUAUAAUUGUAAAAGAAGGAGAAAUAAAGAAGAAUGAGAAGAAGAAUAUGGGAUAAAAAGAGCUUGAUUAUUCCCUCAUGUCAUUGGGGAUAUAUAUACAUAUUGUUUUCAAAAUUCAAAUACAC